CUGAUGAGAACUUGAGAAUUCUUUUGGUAUCUUGCAAUAUGUUUAUGUUAAAUUAUUUUAAUGCGUUGAAUUCAUUAAGUUUUAAACUGUUGCCCUGGUGCUAGAGAUUAAGAAGUUUAAAAAGUAGCCCUUACCUAGAAGGGAGAAGCUAGUACCGCUCGCUAAGUUUCCGUAUGUUGUUCUUGACUUGAGUGAGUAAUUAUGGAGUCUCUGUCGAAACAGGAGUUGAUUUCGACGAUUACGAAGCAAGCAGACCAAAUCAAGCGCUACGAGUCCAGACUUAGAGAUGUUGUGGCGGCUUAUAAAGGGUUGGCUAAAGAGAAGGAAGCAUUGGAGAUCAGUCUCAAGGCUUUAAACAAAACAGAAAAUGCAGCAGAAGGAGUUACAGAUGAUUCAGUGGCCGCCCUGACUGAGUCCUUGUCCACGCUGACUGCGGAGAAGUCCCGCAUGGAGGAAGCAUUCCAAGCCGACAAGAAACUCACAAGGGAAAAGUAUGAAAACAUGUUGUCUUCAAUGCGAGAGGAAACCAAAGCGAUGAUACAGCAACACCAGGUUGAAGUCAACAACCUGAAGGCUAAAAUAGCCUACGAGAUACAGGAGCGAGAGAAUGAGAGGGCAGAUCAUGCAGCCAUGUUGAAGGAACUUCACUUGAAACUAAACUCGGAAAGGAAAACAAAGGAAAAGUUGGAAGACAAAGUUGGACAGUCAACGGAGGCUCAAUCGUCCCAAGCGGAGCUAGAAAAGCGAGUGCGCGACCUAAGCAGCUCUCUCGAGGCUGCACAACGACGGCUACAACGCGCAGAGGCCCGCACCGUGGAGACUCCGGCUUUACUCGUGCGGCUGCAGAACAAGCUCGCUCUGGUCGAGCAGAGCCACUCCGUCGCCAUUAGAGAGGAGCAAAUAAAAGUGAAACGCGCCGAAGAAUCAGCCCGCAAGAUCUGCGCGCGCCAAGAAGAAAGAGUCGCCCUUCUAGAAGGAAGGGUAGCAGAACUGUCUGCCACAGUCGGAGAGUAUGAUGCCAGGAGACGGAGGGACCAGCAGCUCAUCCAGUCGCUCCAGGAUGCCAUGAACGGCAGGCUGGCCGACAUCAAUGUGCAGAAGGAACCUCAACAAAAGAGCGAGACAGACAACGAAAAACUAGCAGACAGCGAAUACCUCCAAACGCUAAUAGACAAAAUACACAUAUUAAAAAAAGAACUGAUUUCAGAAAACGAAAAACUCGGGAACCCCAUCGAUUUGACCAGCAUCUUCAAAAUGGACGCCUACGAAAACGUUCACACUAAGUGUAUUGAAGAAUAUGAUAAUUUGAAAUUAGAAUUUGAGAAGUAUAAAGCAGAUAAUGUUAAGAAGGAGGAGGUGGAUGUGAAGAGUGAGAUGGAGAGAUUGAAGAGCGAGAGGACGUUAUUGAAGGAGAAAUUGGAGACUUACGGCAUGAUGCUGGAGGACGAGCGGCAGGAUAAGGCGGAGGCCGUUAAAGCCGGUGAAGAGAAAUUAAAGUCUCAACAAGACUACCACAAAGAGAUAGUGUCAGACCUGAAGACGCGCAUCCAGAGCCUCGAGAAACAAGUGGUCACCCAACGGGACAGAUACGCGGCCCUAUUGGAGGAAACCGACCAGUACAUACGAGCCAAGAACGAUAGAUCGAGGAAAGUCAGCGUCGAGAACUACAAGGAGGGACACGGCUUGCUCACUGACGUGACGGCGCCGCCGCACAUGCUGCACUACGCGCACGAGCUGGCGAGGAAGGACCUGGACAUCUCGCAGCUGCGGAAGGAGAAACACAUACUCGAGGGACAGUUCAGAGAUCACCAGCGUGACGCGACCAUAGAGAAGGAGCGAUUUAAAGAAGUGAUCAGAACGCUCAAAGAAGAGAUAGACAGGCUGCGAAGAAGCCAGUCCCGCGAAGGCGCCAACCUGGAAUACCUGAAGAACGUAGUGAUGGCAUACCUACUGUCCACGGACUACGCCGGCCGACGACACAUGUUGAACGCCAUCGCGGCUGUUUUACACUUCACUACCCACGAGAAGGACAUGGUCAUAUCUACAUUAUAAUGUUUCCAUAAAAUAGUAUGUGAGCGGCGGCAGCUGACGUCCACGAGGCUUCAUGAUGGCGUACGGCCAUUUUGGUGAAAUAAUAAUAAUUAUUUAUCAAUUUAUUUACAACCAACCUAAUUUCCAAUGAGGAAAACAUUAAGCCAGGGAUACACUAGGGGACAAGUGUCCCACGACACGUCGCCAGCGAACUCGGGUGAAGUGGCGCGUAGUGUAUCCCUGGCUUUAUGGAAAAAAUAUUUGGGAAUUGAUUACUUUUCGCCGAUAUAAUUAUUAGUAAAAAAUAUGGUUGUCUGCACAGUCGAUUUACGGACGAUAUAUAAUUUUGCGUGAUAAAAUCAUAAGAAAACAUUACCAUUACAUUACCAUGGAGAUCUGUCCACAACGUGACUCUUUUUCGUGCCUGCUACCGGUGUUCAUCGAUUUAUAAGCGUUUUCACGUCAAAACAACAAUUUUACUUUCAGAAAAAUGUAGAAAUAUCUGGGAGCAAUCGUUACAAAUCGUAGAUCGACUUUUUUGUACAUAACUUAACAUACCACUUUGAUUUUUCAUUCCAUUAAUAUCAAAUUAUUACUAUUAAAAAGAGAUCAUCGAUAAAUAGAGAGAACCUAAGAGUGUAAGUAUUGUUUUGUUUAUGGUAUGAGUCCAAUAUUCAAUUUACAUGCAAAUUUCUUAUCAUUGCACCUUUAUUUAAAUAUUUUGAUUGAGAUCAUGGGAAUGUAUAAUGAGACGUACCUAUGAUAACCUGAUAAACUAUUU